CAACAUUUUCCUACCAAUUUCGACAAAGAAGUAAUUUUCCAACAAAUAUUUAUCUUCAGGCGACUGCGAUUAUAGUUGUUAUGAAAUUCAUGUCACCCUGGUUGUUUGCUUUCUUUUGGUGGCAUUUGAAUUAUUUGCGACGGAUAGUAAAUUAAACAUAAUUGCUUUGUCGGGUGCCUCAGAUUUCUCAUUUGUGAUAAUAAAUGCGAGGCUGCUAAUUUGCAUGAACAUACGUUGGAAGCGGAAUGCCAACCAGUUUGGAAUCCAGAGAGAAAUGAUUUCCGAGACACAGACGAGAAAAGCACUAAACAAUAAUAUGGCAAGAAAUCUGGUGCUAUUUGAGAGAACGUUUAGUGCCAUAGUCAGCUGGUUUUCAGAGGAUUGAAAUGAGUGAUGAUUUGAUCAAAGUUGGUGAAUACAUCCGACAACGAUGGAAAAUUAUAAAGAAAAUUGGGGGUGGUGGGUUUGGGGAGAUUUACCAAGCCCACGAUACAAAUACACAGCAUAUGGUUGCAUUAAAGCUAGAGUCAGCAACAACAACAAAACAGGUUCUGAAAAUGGAAGUUGCUGUGAUAAAGAAAUUACAAGGUGACCAGCAUGUCUGUGAAUUUGUGAGCUGUGGUCGUAAUGACCGCUUCAACUAUGUUGUGAUGUCUCUAGUUGGUCCCAACUUAGCUGAGCUAAGAAGAAAUCAGCAGAAGGGACUUUUUACACAGAGUACUUAUCUUCGACUUGGCAUUCAAAUUAUUGAAUGUAUCAAAGCUAUUCAUGACUGUGGAUUCUUGCACCGGGAUGUUAAGCCUUCGAAUUUUGCAAUCGGAAACACCAUAGACACAAAGAAGCUCGUGUUUAUGCUAGAUUUUGGCCUAAGCAGACAAUAUGUGAAUAACGAGGGGCAUGUCAGGACGCCACGUCCUGUCGCUGGUUUCAGGGGGACUGUACGCUAUGCGUCCAUUAACGCUCACGAUAAUAAGGAAAUGAGUCGUCGAGACGAUUUGUGGUCCGUGUUUUAUAUGCUUGUGGAAUUUGCACAAGGAGGCCUACCAUGGAGAAAGCUGAAAGAUAAGGAAGAAGUUGGCACAUUCAAGAAGGCGUAUGAUCACAAGCAGCUGUUGAGACAACUGCCGAUUGAGUUCAAAGGUUUUUUGAAGCACAUUGAGGAACUGAGAUAUGCUGAUCGGCCGGAUUAUGAGUAUUUGGAGUGUUGCUUUGCGGAUGCUAUGUCGCGCAAAGGUGUUCACGAAAACGAGCCAUUCGAUUGGGAAAAGGCGUCCGCUGACGGAUCAUUAACAACAACAACCGUUUCCAGUACUCCUGGAAACUAUAACCCGACGCCCAAAGGUUUGAAACCGGAUAUUGCAGCUACCAACAUUUCUGAAUUGCCAAGGACAAACGAGGCUGCACUUAAUGAUGACAGUUUUAAGAAUGAUAAUAUUCGGCAAAAAGAUAAGCGAAGGUGGAGCUUUGCUGAAACUGGCCUAGCAGGGGAAGACAAAAGAACGGAUCUGGAGGCAGACAAAGUCCUAGCAGCGAUGGAUAUGGUGGAUGGAGUGCCAGAAGGACCAAGGCCUCAGCUCAAAUUAACCAAGGAAGCCGCUAUUCCAGUGCGACUACCAAAAUCUUUCUUGCAAGCAAUGAAAGAAACUAUUCUCAAAGACACAAAACUAUUGGCCGGUAUUCCUAAGGAUGUGAAGGCGCACGAGAAUUCUUCGGAGUCAAAAACGGGGCCUGGGAACCAAAGGGAUCAUCCGCAAAUGCUUGAAGAUGUUGUUGAAACUGAAGAAAAGAAGCCGGGGGAGGGCGCUGAUGGGAAUCUGCCGCUGAAUAAUCAAGGAGAAGGAGUAGCGGGCGCUGAACAAAAAAUUUGUAAAGGAGUAAGUAUGGAAAAUAAGGUCUAUGGGGCUGAAGCUGAAGAUAAUAGAAAUGUUGUUCAAGAGUCCUUCGAAAUUAGGAUAAAUACAGCAGAAAAAGAUUCCCGUGAUAAGGGAGAUAAUGAUUUUGAAGAAAAUUUGAAUAAAGUUCAUAAAAGUGAGUCAGACGAUGUAGCCGCGCCAAAAGUAGAAGAUCAGACUAUAGACAAGAAUGACUUAGUGGUAGACAAAGUCAAAGAGGCAACAGGGCGUCCUAAGGAGGCUGAAGCAGGUAUAGGAUUCUGUGGAGUCGAGAAUGACAAUAAUGACAAAGACAUUAAAGUAGGUAUAUCGGAUCACGAUAACAGGGAACGCAUAGGGAGUAAUCUUAGUUUUGAGAAGGAGGCUCAGAUAUUUCACGAUGAGGCAAAGUCGGCACGGUCAGAAUCAAAAAAGGGUUCUGGCCAUAAAGGGAAUGAUGUAGAUGGAUCUUUUGAUAAACUCGACAUGGAGAAUAAUGAAAAUUCGGUGAAGGGACAAUCGAGGGAUGGCAUCGUUGAAAAACCUCAAAAUCAUAAUGAAAAUUGUUCGCUGAUGUCUGAAGGUAAAGAUUUCAUUAGUGGGAAAAUGUUCCAAGGAAAACUCGAUGAGUUGGAUCCAUCAGAUAACAAUCAAAAAAUACUUGUACGCGAUUCUAUAGAUGGCAUUUUCAUCUCAAAAUGGAAGGCAAAGGUUGAUAAUAAAGAUAGUGCUAAAGAGAUGACAGAACCUGCGAAUAUUGGCAAAGAUAAUAUACCUGAGAGUCCUGUUGGUUCUCCAAGAAAGUGCUCAUCGGAAAAGGCAAUCAUUAGAAAUGACAGCAAUGAUUCAAAGGUGAGUGAUACGACCAACAGUAAGGAAUCAAUCAGUAAACGAAGAACUAGAUCUGCCUCUGACCAGCACACAUCAAAAACACUGUCAAUUUUGAAGGGAUUCUUUGAGGCGUUAGAUCGAAAGAAGCUCCAGCGACAGCUUAGUGCAAGCAAAGAAAGCCACGUGCUUGAGAAAUCGACCAAGAUGGAGUCAUCAGAAACUGGGGAGGUUUUAAAUGCUGCCUUGGGGGAAGUACCAAAGCAGGAGAGUGUGGUGUCUGUGAGUUCAAGAAUAGAGUCGAAAUUUGCGGCUAAUAAAGAAGUAGAGCGGGAGACGUCCGGUGAAGCAGUACGCGGGGGAGAUUUUGCAGAGAUUGAACCGGAAACAGGGUCAAAAAACCUUCUAGAUGGAGGGUCAGAUAAUGAUUAUCCAGGUGACCUGGUAGGGGAAUCCCUUCCUUGUGAAGAAGAGCGAGCUGAAAUAUGUAGUCCUACAGAAGCACGCAAGGCUGAUGGUGCAAGCAAUCUCAGGGAAAUCUUAACUGGAAUUAAGGGUGAAACAUGUCUGUCGCGAAAAGAAAAGGCUGGUCUUUGUGAAGGUAGAACAGAAAAGGAAAGUAAAUUAUCUGAAGAAAAUGGUUAUGAUAAAAAAGAGAUUAGAGCAGAUGAUGAUGAAAUGUUAUUACCGCGAUCGUCUGCUCUUGUUGAAAAGGUCAGACCCCGUGGUGGCCAUAGCUUCAAAAUUGAGAACGUUCAGGUUGACGUGAGAACAAGUGAAAAUCUUAUUCCGGUUGUGAGAACUGAUUUUAACGCGAAAAAGUUUCAUUCCGAACAUGGAGAAAAUGCUACUGGAGAUGCUGUUUUCAGCAUAACAUUCAAGAGGUCUGACGAUGUCGACUAUCAUUCUGCGAUAAGAAAUAGUGGUGAAAAUUUGGGAAUGAUUGCCUUGGAAGCAAAUGCAGGUUUAAAGAAUCAUAUCAAUGGUAGAUCCGAUGUUGAAGAUGUUUGUAAGAGAAAUGAAGAUUUUGCCGAAAAUGGUAAUGAAACAAAAGUGCGCAAUGCUACAGUGGACUCGCUUCCGAGAACAGAAGACGUGUACUUAUCGCACCGAAUGGUCGAACAAAUCUCACAGGAUGCUAUUGGAGUGCAUGAAAGGAGAACGGGAAUACCCGAAUCGAAGAAUUUUGAUGAAGACGAUGUCAACAUGUCCGAUAGUGCUGGAAGAACCAGAAACGAGAAGAGCAUGCCAACUGAUUCUGCGGUGAAAAUAUCACUUGCGGAAGGUGGUAAUGCGGAAAGCCGUAUUCAGAGUUAUUUUAUUGUAUCAGAGAAAUCUAUGGGAAUGCAGGGAGGCAACCUCGUUGAAAAUAUACGCAAAGAUCCCGGGGUAGAGAUAAAAAAGCGCAGACAGAAGGUUCAUGGAGAUGGAGAGAAAAAUGCGGGGAUUAGCAGACCGGAAAAAAUUAUACCGAAGCCACCGCACGGUAGAGCCCGAGGUCGGCCGGUUAGUGGCCGCCUGCGUCGAUACCGACUGGCUGCUAAAAGCAUUGAUCACAUUGAUGCAACAGCCAAACCAAAACCAACUAGGUAACUAGCAACUAUCAAUUCUCCGGAGUUGCCCAUUCAUCCUUUCAAGAAAAUGGCGGAUUUUCAAACAUUUGCGGGGUCUUGCUGGGGACACAAUCAUAUUUAAAGUUAAAUUUCAAAGUUUUGCUGUUAUUUUAAUUUGUAAAUAGUAAAAGAUAUACAAUAGCUCUAAAUGUUGUAAAUUACCAAAUUAUUUGUAACCUUAUGUAAAAUAUUCACCUGGUGAAAUGAAUUUUUUGUAAAUAUACGCUUUUGUAUAUUUUGUUAAUAAUAUAACUUAGUUAAUUCAAA